AGAGAGAGCCAGAGCUACUUUAUGGAGGAAUGCGAGUGUUCAGUGGACGGACUGAGUGCACCAUAGCCUGCUAGUGACAGGAGGUGAGAGCCUGGGGCAUAGAAGAAGACGCCAUCAUCAUCAUCCUCUGCGUUUUGGGAAAAAGCAUUCCAUCUUUGGGACUGGGAAGAGAGACUGAGCAGGUCUCCGCGUGGAGGACCGGACCGAUCACUCGAGCGAGGCCUGGUCCGAGAUGGAUGCUUAAUGAACUUUUCUGGGGAGGGGUCAUGAGUUGAAUCACCCAUUCAGUCGCCGGCGGGAACAUGGGAAGCGUCAGCAGCCUCAUCACCAACGACCAACUCAACAGUAAACACUGCAAGGCCUCAGAGAUGAGGUUGAAAACUAGAACAAACCAGCCUAGACGCAAUGGAGGUUGCAGCCUUGACGGCUUACUGAAGUGUAGCUUCACUCAGGCCUCCUCCUCCCCCAUCCGUCUCCCCAAAGGCAUCUCGCACUCCCGGUCCGGACGAAGCGAGGACUUUUUUUACAUCAAGGUGAGCCAUAAACCGAGGCCGCCGCAGCACAGAGGGGGCCCGAUGGAAGACUGCGGCCGGAACGGAGAGGAGAAAUCCGACGAGCGACGGAAACUGACGCUCAUGUCGGGGACUGAUGGGACCACUGCUGAGAAGUCGCUGGUCCGAUCCACUGCAUACAAGCCUUUAAUUCCCGGGACUGUGUCCUCCUCCACAGAGGCGCAGCGCAACAGCCUGGACCACAUUCUCAGCCAAUUGGACAAAGCAAAGAGUGCAGACAACCAACACAAGCGAGAUACAUCUUCUGGGAAUCUGUCAGACUCUGGUCGCAACUCCAUGUCAAGCCUGCCCACUCACAGCACUAGCGGUAGCCUAAGUGCUUCCACGGGCCCUGUCAGUCACAGCGAUGGAAGCUCCACUCCGGCCAACUGCCUCCUCAAGGGAGCUCAGGCCAAUUUGUCCCCCUGGGUGAACAGCGGUAGUCGAGACGGCGGCUAUAAGAAUAGUUUGAGCCCAGGGGGCUUGUCAUCAAAUGCUAACAGCGAUGGCGGCUCCCCGCUAUCUUCAGAUAGGCCCAAACGUCUCUCUGAAACUGUGGGAGGGAGUCGCUCCCCUCUCACGACCGAUGCGUCACUGAUUGAAACGUUGGAACAAAGACUCCUAGAGAGGGAAAAUGAACUGCAAGAGUUGCAGGUGAGCUACGAGGUGAAGGAAGCGCCCACCUGCAAGUUGUUCGAGGAAAGACAAAAGUAUUGCGCUGAUGAGUCGCAAGAAUUGAACCGCGGGUCUCCCACCAUGACACAACACGCCUCGCAGAUGGAUGGAAAUAGCCAGCAAGCGCUGCAAUUGCAGGUCAGCCAACUCCAGGCAGAAAACGAGAGACUCAAGGAGGAGCUCGUAAAGCUGAGCCGAGAAAGGGAGCUCGCGGAGCGAAGACUGAGAGCCUUCGAGGAGGAGAGCACACAAUUCGCUCCAACGCUUGAGGAAACUCAGUGGGAGGUGUGCCAGAAAGCGGGCGAGAUCUCUCUUCUGAAGCAGCAGCUGCGAGACAGCCAGGAGGACGUCAGCCACAAGCUCAAUGAAAUAGUCAGCCUGAGGGCGCAACUGAAGGAAAUCACAGCGAAGGCUGAGAUGCUCGAGAAGGAGAACAAAGACGGCGGCGACAGACUACGCUCCCGUACCAUCGAAAUGGAGGUGUGUCAAAAUGAACUCCAGCGCAAGAAGAAUGAAGCCAACUUGUUGAGAGAAAAAGUAGGCCAACUGGAAAGAGACUUUGAGGGAAAGACCAAAGACCCCAAGCCCCAUCAACGCACUUCGCAAACUGAACCUUGUGGCCUCAAACAAAGCACAGAGCGAGUCACCACCGUCCACAAGCAAAAAGAGGAGCCAGAAGGUAAAAGCUCCACGGAACUCCAGAAAGAAGUGGAGAGACUAAAGCAGCAGCUCAGCGAGGAGAAGACAGCUCACCAGAGACUAGCAACUAGCUUCGACCAAGAGAAGCGCACGUGGAACAAGGAGAAGGACAAGGUCAUCAAGUACCAAAAGCAGCUCCAGAUCAACUACCUGCAGGUGCAUAAGAAGAACCAAGACCUGGAGCGACUCAUGAAGGAGCUGACUGCUGAGUUGGAGGCCCGGGCUGAGCUGGGUUUGGAUCUCAAGUACAGCUCAGGGUUACAGACCUACGAUGACGUCAUCGCCACUGAGAUAUAACGGCUUCCUUCCACUUGAACUUGACUUUUUUUUUUUU